CCUCGGAGUGGACCCUCAUCUCGGUCUCAACCUCUCUGUGCUCACAGUGCUUCAGUGUGCAGAAGAAGGGAGGGGUGCUCACAAACACUCUUCUGGAUUCUCAGCGACAAACUUCUGCAUAAAACUCUCCUCAGCAUGGCGGAGGCCCACCAGGCGGUGGCGUUCCAGUUCACCAUCACUCCAGAGGGCAUCGACCUGCAGCUCUCCUACCAGGCUCUGAACCAGAUCUACCUGUCUGGGGUUCGAUCCUGGAAGAAACGCGUCAGCAGACUGAGGAACGGCGUGAUAAAGGGGGUGUACCCGGCCAGCCCCUCCUCCUGGCUGUUCGUCGUCAUAGCGAUCCUGGCCACCAUGUACAUGCGCUCUGAUCCCAGCAUGGGUAUGAUCACCAAGAUACAGCAGCACCUGCCGCUCAGCCUCCACGUGUCUCUGAGCGCUCAGGGGCAGACCAUGCUGUCGGCGCUGCUCUUCAGCACUCUGCUCUGGCUCAGCCUCAUCCUGGCUCUGAGGUUCUGCCUGAAGCUGCUGCUCUCCUACCAUCAGUGGAUGUUCGAGCAGCACGGACGAGUCUCCAACACCACCAAGAUUUGGGUGAGCCUCCUCAGGCUGUUGUCCAGCAGGAAGCCUCUGCUCUACAGCUACCAGACGUCUCUGCCCCACCUCCCUGUUCCUGCCAUCAAAGAGACUCUGAGCAGGUACCUGCUGUCGGCGCGCCCCCUGCUGACGGAUGAAGGCUAUGAACGGAUGACUAAACUGGCCACUCAGUUUGAGAACAACCUGGGGAACCGGCUGCAGAGAUACCUGAAGCUCAAAGCUCUGUGGGCCACCAACUACGUGAGCGACUGGUGGGAGGAGUACAUCUACCUGAGGGGCCGGGGGCCCAUCAUGGUCAACAGCAACUACUACGGCAUGGACUUCCUGUACGUCACUCCCACCACGGUGCAGGCGGCUCGGGCCGGAAACACCAUCACCGCCCUGCUGCUGUACCGUCGCAAGGUCAACCGCGAGGAGCUCAAACCGAGUCGUGUUCCAGGCACCGUCAUCCCUCUGUGUGCUGCGCAGUGUGAGAGGAUGUUCAACACAACACGCACACCAGGAGAGGAGACAGAUGUGCUGCAGCACUGGCAGGACAGUGAGUUUAUCGCAGUUUACCACCGGGGCCGCUUCUUCCGCCUCUGGGUUUACCGGGCCGGCCGGCUGCUCUCUCCCAGAGAGAUCGAGCACCAGAUCCAGAGGAUCCUUGAAGACCCGUCCACCCCACUGCCCGGAGAGGAGAAGCUGGGAGCACUGACUGCCGGGGACAGGGUUCCUUGGGCUCAGAUCAGGAAGCAGUAUUUCAGCUCUGGCAUCAACAGGCGAUCUCUGGAUAUCAUCGAGAGAUCGGCCUUCUUCGUGACGUUGGACGAUGAGAGCAGGGCAUGAGGAGAUGACCCGAUGGGAAACCUGGACCGCUACGCCAAGUCCAUCCUGCACGGGAAGUGCUACGACCGGUGGUUCGAUAAGUCUUUCUCUAUCGUGAUCUACAAGAACGGGAAGAGUGGCCUGAACGCGGAGCACUCCUGGGCAGACGCUCCCACCGUGGCUCAUCUCUGGGAGUACACACUGGCCAUUGAUGCCUUCCAGCUGGGAUACACUGAGGACGGUCACUGCAAGGGAGACGUCGACCGAUCACUGCCCCCCCCACAGAAACUCAUCUGGGACAUUCCCUCAGAGGUGCAGGCUCAGGUGAGCCUCUCUCUGGCCGUGGCUCAGGCUCUGGCCGACGACGUGGACUGUCACGUGUUUCCCUUCAGAGAGUUCGGGAAGGGGCGAAUCAAGAAGCUCCGAGUCAGCCCCGACGCUCUGAUCCAGAUCGGCCUGCAGCUCGCCUACUUCAGGGAUCGUGGUGGUUUCUGUUUGACUUACGAGGCGUCGAUGACCCGUUUGUUUAGGGAGGGUCGGACGGAGACGGUGCGAUCCUGCUCCAACGAGAGCUGCUCCUUCGUCAAAGCUCUGGAGGCUGGAGAGGAAGGGGACCAGUGCAGACGUCUCUUCCGUCAGGCGUCAGAGAGACACCAGAAUCUUUACCGGAUGGCGAUGACCGGAGCGGGAGUGGACAGGCAUCUAUUCUGUCUCUACGUGGUGUCCAAAUACCUGGGCGUCGACUCACCCUUCCUCAAAGAGGUGUUGUCGGAGCCGUGGCGUCUCUCCACCAGUCAGACUCCGGUGCAACAGAUGGAGCUGUUUGACCUGAAGAAUAACCCUGAGUUCAUCUCACUGGGCGGAGGCUUCGGACCGGUUGCUGAUGAUGGUUACGGAGUUUCAUACAUCAUCGUGGGCGAGGACAUGAUCAACUUCCACGUGUCGUCCAAACACUCCUGCAGCGAGACCGACUCCCACAGGUUUGGAGGUCAGAUCAAAAAAGCCCUAAUGGACAUCAUCACCGUCCUCUCCGCUGACGCCAAACCCUCCUCUUCCUCCAAAGGCCCGACCCAGAGCAAGAAGCAGCUCUGAGGCUGAGCUCUCCACCACCACCACAAAGACCCUAUCAUCCCAUCAAACAGAACCCAUUAUCCAGAUAUUAAAUAGAGUGGUGCAGGGAUGACGUGGUGCUCCUUAAAGGCAGCAUCUCCCUGGUUCCCUCCGCGAUAAACUAAUGGGAUUUUUCUAUUGGAUUUUAAAACUUAAUUAGCAGGCUAGCUUACCUCGCUAAUUCUGAAAACAAAAGUUUAUGAUAAUAACGCGUUCACUUCAGCAGGAUAAUCUCCACAUAUUAACACUACAACGUUCACCACCGCUUAGCUAAAGGUAUGUUAUGUUGCUGUAGUUCCUCUAUAGCCCAACAUUAGCCUCCUUUAGCUUAGCGGUGGUGAGGUGAAGUCAUGUGACCGUGCUGUAGUUCCUCUAUAGCCCAACAUUAGCCUCCUUUAGCUUAGCGGUGGUGAGGUGAAGUCAUGUGACCGUGCUGUAGUUCCUCUAUAGCCCAACAUUAGCCUCCUUUAGCUUAGCGGUGGUGAGGUGAAGUCAUGUGACCGUGCUGUAGUUCCUCUAUAGCCCAACAUUAGCUUUUUACUUCAGAAAUAUGUGCAGAUUAUCCUGCUGAACAAAAGGUGGACAGGAAGUGCUAAAAUGCUGACUCAUUCCUGCACCAGAUUAUUUUAAGGGCUUUAAAGCAUCGAAUAAACUAACAAAAGUGCAUUUUAUAUCAAAGAUGAUAACAUAACUUUUAGGCCUGGUUCAGAAGACGCUCUCCACCCACACUCCCAUCGACAUGAUUUGCAUUCUUCCACUAAAAGUUAAAAAGCCAGGACAAAGCUAACAAAUAUUCUUCUGUAAAUGUUUUGUACUUCCUUUUUUCAGCGCCUUUUCUGUCGUUUAGAUUUAGAUUUAUGAAGAGUGAAAACUCCACUUUCUGUGAGAAUAUGAAACUGUGACGGUGGAUUUUUUAAAGUAAGAGGGAGCACAGGUCAGCACUGAAGAGAGGAGGAAGUCUUUAAGAGGUUAAUCUGCCUGACGACUGGCAGACAGCAUUAAGAGUCUCUUAAAUCUCACUAAGAGUGAAAAGUUAGGGGUCGUGUUAAAGACCAGGAACACUUGGAGGAAGGGAGGUGUUAAAGGAGAUGGAUCUCUAUCAAGGGAACGUUUCUCACAAAUUCAAACUCCUUUCUUAUUCUAUAAAGUCCUUCCUGGUACUGACUUGCUUUCAUCACCUGAUCUCUGGACAAUCAUUAUAAAGCUCAAUCUCUGUUGCAUUAACUGGUUUAAAGUUUAAACAACACAGUAAAGAACAAAAUCCCACUCAAAAUCAAAGUGCUCGUUAAGUAGCUGUAUUAAUUUAUUUUAAGUCAUAGUGAUUUAAUGUUGUCUCUGGUUAAAAUAAUCUAAAUGAAUAAUCUAGAGUCUCAUUUUUGACUCCUUUGUCCUCGCGCAGCUCCUAUUGGCUAGCGCUCCAACACUUUGUACAUGAUGGGCGGGACAUCUCACAGCAGGUGGACCAAUCAGAGCAGACUGGGCUCUGGUUUCCGAAUGCUAAUCUGAUUGAAUACAGAGGAACAAAGGGAUUUUACAUAAUAAAAACACAACAGAAGUGAACUGAAGACCAGCCUCUAAAGACAUUAAAUAAUAGAAAAUAAAACCUGUUCCAAAAGAGUGGGUUUUUAGAUUAGGGGUAACUAUGAUGAGGUUCAUUAUCCAGUGAGUAUCAGGGUUUCAUUGUUUGAAAACCCUCAUAGCAGUGGAAUUUCUUCAGUAUCCAGGCAGUUUUCGGACAGCGAUCAGGCGUUAAAUAGUAAAUUGUAGUUAAAAGUGAUGAUUGUUUUAUUUAUAGCCCUGUUUAGGGAAGAUGGAGCAAAGAAGGAAGUGAGGAUUAAAGGGACUUUUCAAUUGUAAUAUUUCUGCUGAAUCAUAGAAACCUUCUCUAAUGGUCCUGAGUGCCCCACCCCCCAACCGUCUCCCCAAAUUCAUGUUUUAUUUUUUACAAAAGUCCCCCUGUGGUUAGCUGUGUUUUCUUCAGAUCGUAGAAAAGGACUGAGAGUGCCGUUGCACCGCAAUGCAAAAAAUGCUCCUCCAAUGUGACUGCAUGUUGGGUCUGAAUCUGCAGUUUCGCUCACACAUUGCAAAGUAAAAGGGAUCAGUCUGACUCUUGGACGCUUGAUAGUGGAAAUGAACCAUAAAGUCCACUGGUUUAUUAGUUUAGGAAGGAGACAAAAGGCAGUAAUCCUGUAACAGAUUUCAAACAAAUGCAACCAGAUGUUUCCGGUCCCUCUCUCACCCCGUCAGUAUGGCUCCUCCUGUCACAGUUGUUACAUUCACAGGAACAGAUUGGAGGUUUUUUGUGCUUAUGAGGGUCUUAUCCGGGGUCGGUGCAGGAGCUCCAGCACGGAGACAAAGCCUCCAGGCGGCAACAAUCACUUAGAGAAUCGUUCAUGGGUUCUCAAUCCAGCAAAACUGUGCCAACACCUUCUGAAUGCACGGAAAUCCCCUUUAAUAGUCAAAAUGAAGAUUUCUGAGCAAAUAUAUUGAAUAUUAGGACGAUUUGUAGUGUUUGUGCAUUCAGUCUGAAUCAACCAUGAAUACUGUUCAGAAAUGUGGAUUUAUUGGCAUGUUAAAGAGCAGUAGGUUAUAUCUGUUAACUUCACUUUGAAACCAGAAAUGACACUUAAACCAUGUGACGGUAACUCGGAUCGAGGCCUGAUUUCCGUGCCCUAACUCCUGUCUUCUUCUCCGGAUGAGAGCCGACAGAUUAACGUCCUUUCCCUGAAUCACGCGUGUGGCAGAGGUUCAGAAAAACAGCUCAAUGCAAUGGUGUGUCUGUGUCUGUGUCUGUGUCUGUGUGUGUGUGUGUGUGUGUGUGUGUGUGUGUGUGUGUGUGUGUGUGUGUGUGUGUGUGUGUGUGUGUGUGUGUGUGUGUGUGUGUGUGUGUGUGUGUGUCUGUGUCUGUGUCUGUGUGUGUCUGUGGGGGGGUGUUUUAAAUAACCUUGGACCUCCUCUGUUUGUGUCUCAGGUUAAUUAUUAAGAGGCUCAUUUUUCAAACUGUUGUUCUGCCCAUUUACAUUUAUUUUCUCUGUUACACACACACACACACACUCACACACACACACUCAGUCUUUGAUAAACCUCUCAACACUUUUUCUACAGUACACAUUGCACACGGACAACUCCUCUACAUGAGCAGGAAACAUUUCCCCAUCGCAGUUCCCCUCUUUCCCGUGUCCUUUUUCAGGAGUCUCUGCGUCUCUUAUCGAGGCUCUAUUCUGCUUUUUGGUAGUAGUACCCCUCCUGUAGUGUGUUAGUGCAUGUCAAUGGUCUGCAGAUGCUAAAAUCCCAAAGUUCUGGGACAUAGAGACAUCACUAUGGGACAGGCGCGCUCCUAUUGGAUAGCGCUCCAACACAUUGUAGGUGUGAGGCUAAGGGGGGGGACAGCUGGAUACAGUAGAUUCAGUUUAAAGGAUCAAAUGAAAACCUACUGUUAUAUAUAUUCUAAUAGUAUUAUGGGAUGGUUGUUAUCAACAGUUUGGACAAUGAGCCUCUCACUAGAUUUAGCAGCAGGUCAUAAUUAGCAUGUUAGCAUUAAUAGUAGCGCUGGUUUCUAACAGGUGUUUGUUAUCAGUGAUGUUUCUGAGUUAACACUCCAGAAGAUGAUGAUGAUGAUGAUGAUGCUUCUGAAGUGUAUCUAAAUGUGGAUUUUCUUAAGAAGGCCUUUAACCUCCGGUGACGGCGUGGGAAAUAAAAAACUUGCCGACCCUAAA